GAAUAGCAAACAGUAUUAAAGUACUUAAAUUAGCUUCCUACCUGUCAUAUUUAUCAAUCUCUGACUUAAAUCACUGCGUUUAGUUUAGUUGUGAAUAGUGAUUAUAAAUCAAAAUCUCUUGGAUUACUCCAUCCCUUCAGCCUUUGGUUGUUGAAUUUUAAUAACUGUAUUCUUGGGAACAUUCAUUCUGUAUAAAAUAUAAAAAGCAUUUAAACACUAAUAAUGGCUGAACCUAAAGCUGAUAUUGCCCUGAUCGGUUUGGCUGUUAUGGGACAAAAUUUAAUCCUCAAUAUGGAUUCUAAAGGUUUUGUAGUCUGUGCAUAUAACAGAACUGUUGAGAAGGUUGAACACUUCUUAGCUAAUGAAGCAAAGGGCACAAAAGUCAUUGGGGCAAAGUCAUUAGAAGAUAUGGUGCAGAAAUUGAAAAAACCAAGAAAAGUAAUGUUGUUAGUCAAAGCGGGUUCAGCUGUUGAUGAAUUUGUUAAAAAAUUGUUACCAUUGCUUGAGAAAGGAGAUAUUAUAAUUGAUGGUGGCAAUUCUCAGUAUACAGACACACAGAGGUGGUGCAAAGAGUUAUCAUCGACUGGAAUUUUAUAUAUUGGAAUGGGAGUAAGUGGUGGAGAGGAUGGAGCACGUUAUGGACCCUCUCUUAUGCCUGGUGGCCAUCCUGAUGCUUGGCCUGCAGUAAAGCCUAUAUUCCAAGCAAUAUGCGCAAAAGUAAAUGAUGAACCAUGCUGUGAUUGGGUGGGAGAGGAUGGUGCUGGACAUUUUGUUAAAAUGGUACACAAUGGGAUUGAGUAUGGUGAUAUGCAACUAAUUUGUGAAGUUUAUCACUUCAUGAAGGAUAUUCUUAAUCUUCACCAACGUGACAUUGCCAAAGUUUUUGAUGAAUGGGGCAAAGGAGAACUGGAUUCAUUUUUGAUUGAUAUCACCGCAGAUAUUUUAAAUUUCAGAGACACUGAUGGUCAGUAUUUGUUACCUAAGAUUCGAGAUGCUGCUGGUCAAAAAGGGACAGGCAAGUGGACAGUCAAUAGUGCACUUGAGUAUGGAGUUCCCGUCACACUAAUUGGAGAAGCCGUUUUUGCUCGUUGUCUCUCUGCACUCAAAUAUGAACGUUGUGCGGCCAGUAAAACACUCUCCACUGCAACAGUUAAAUUCGAAGGUGACAAGGAUGAGUUCAUCCAAUAUCUUCAAAGAGCUCUUUAUGCUAGUAAAGUCAUCUCUUACGCACAAGGGUUCAUGCUUUUACGAGAGGCUGCCCAGGUCAAUAACUGGCACUUGAACUAUGGCAGCAUUGCAUUGAUGUGGCGCGGAGGUUGUAUCAUUCGGAGUGCCUUUUUGGGCAACAUUAAGGAGGCGUUUACGAAGAAUCCGACGCUCACCAAUCUAUUGUUGGAUCCGUAUUUCUCUAAGCACGUUUCCGCAUCCCAAAUGUCUCUGCGACGUGUCGUCUCACAAGCUGCAUUAUGUGGAGUUCCGGUGCCGACGUUGUCAGCUGCUUUGGCCUUCUUCGAUGGUUAUCGCUCAUCAGUACUUCCUGCCAACUUACUCCAGGCUCAACGUGACUACUUCGGCGCUCAUACUUACGAGUUACUUAAUAAGCCGGGCGAGUUUAGGCAUACCAAUUGGACUGGACAUGGAGGAAAUGUUUCAGCUUCCACUUACAAUAAGUAAAACGUUCUCAGUAAAUUGUGCGGCGAUCAACUCCAGUGUUUCUAACAGCAUUUUAAGCAUAUUUUGCUAAAUUUUAUACUUUUUUUUGUUAUACUAUAUCAUAGUUUAUUAUUAAUGUAAGUAAAACUGUUUUUCUUCAAGUAUGGAUUCCUGUUACAUGAACAAGGUGGUAAACUAAAGUUUGUUAUAGUUUUACAUUCCUUUCACAACUUCUUAAUUGCUUAUUUUAUUAAAUAGAUUGUUAAGUUUCUUGUGGGUCCAAUUUUAGAAUUAAGAAGACGUUUGUCUUACGCAUUUUAUAAUAUGCAUCAAAUACAGUGAUGACGCUCCGUAUUUUUGAAAGUUUUCUAAAUAAAAAUAUAUAAUAUGU